AUGGACAAAGACAAUGAAACACUAUGGACAGAGUUUGUUCUCACAGGUCUCAUAUGCCAGCCACCAUGGAAAAUCCUCCUGUUCCUAGUGUUCUUGGUAAUAUACCUCACGACCAUUGUGGGGAACCUUGGUCUGAUCACUCUCAUCUGGAAUGACCCUCACCUUCACAUCCCCAUGUACUUCUUCCUUAGUAACUUAGCCUUUGUGGAUACUUGGUUAUCAUCCACAGUGACUCCAAAGAUGCUAUUUAGUCUCUUGGGCAAGGGCAAGGUGAUUUCUGUCUCUGAGUGCAUGAUACAAUUUUUUUCUGUCGCAAUCUGUGUGACCAUAGAAUGUUUUCUCUUGGCAUCGAUGGCUUACGAUCGCUAUGCAGCCAUAUGCAAUCCUUUGCUUUAUCCAGUGAUUAUGACUAAUAGAGUAUGCCUUUGCCUGUUAGCUUUAUCAUUUGUAGGUGGCUUUCUUCAUGCAGUAAUUCACGAAAGCCUUUUAUUCAGAUUAACCUUCUGUAAUUCAAAUGUACUGUAUCAUUUUUACUGUGAUGUUAUACCACUGUUAAAAAUUUCCUGUACUGAUCCUUCCUUAAAUUAUCUGAUCAUUUUCAUUUUCUCUGGUUCGAUACAAGUGUUUACUAUUGUGACUGUUGUUAUCUCUUACACAUUUGUUAUCCUUACAAUUUUAAAAAAGAAGUCUGACAAGGGCGUAAGGAAGGCUUUCUCCACUUGUGGAGCACACUUCUUAUCUGUGGUUUUGUACUUUGGGCCUCUUCUCUUCAUGUAUGUGCACCCAGCAUCUUCAAAAGUAGAUGAACAAGACAUGAUCUUCUCUCUGUUUUACACAGUUAUAAUUCCUGUACUAAAUCCAAUUAUUUACAGUCUCAGAAAUAAGCAAGUCAUAGAUUCUCUGAAAAAAAUGUUAAAGAAAACAGUUUAG